AUUCGAUUUCUUUUUACUCUUUUCACGUCGAUUGACAGUUGUCGUCAAGGAAAAAGGUGCUGCUGCGUUACAUCGGAGACUCUUCAAUGUCGUUCGUCAGACAGGCCAUUGGAAAACCUCAAAUACCACAAGGAUGGUUAGUUGGACGACACUGACCUGUCUCCUGAUAGCCAUAUUUGGUUUGAUUGAAUGCAAACCUCGCGGCCAGAUUUCCUACGGUUCGGUAGUCGGAUCGGGUUCGACUAAUUUCGAGCCGGCCUUUAGCGCAUCCAGCUACGAUUCGUUGGGAAUCCAGCCCAGCCGUUCAGCAGGUCGAAACGAACUGAAACAACAUUACUGGUGGCAAGGCUCCCAGUCACCGUUCAGCGAAGGAGCCGCUCAGACCCAAGGUGUUUCGGCCGGAGGAGCUGCUCAACCGGGGCAGAAUUACGCCUCCGUCGCUGGAUGCACAGGCGAAGCGUGCAGUUCACCAUUAUUUAGCGCUCCGGCAGCAGCACCAGCGGCUUCAGCGUCCAUCAGUAGCGGCGGUAGCUGUUGCAAUCAUUACUGGCAAAAACCCGGUCAUCCGUGCUCCACGCAUCAGGGAACUGAUUGCCCGCGACGAUUCAGUUGCGUCAACUACAAGUCUUGCAGAAAUGGCGUCAUCUCGCUUGCAUCCACUUCGGGCCACGCCUUCAAGAACCCAUCCGUCGAAGAGUUGAUGAACUAUGGCCGACCUUGUGGCUUUUCCGGAAACGAAGUUUGCUGUCAGGAUGCCCCACCAAGGCCGCAACAGCCCGUCGUACAACAACCGUCUCAAGGUACAUACUACCCUACUUCACCUCCCGUUCAAAACCAACAAGUUUCGGGUUGCUCCGGCGGUGGCGGCUGUGCUCCAGCUGCACCUUCCUAUAAUCCCCCGCCACCUGUCCAGCAACCAGUGAUCCAGGGACCGUCGAAUCAAGUUUCAGGCUGUUCCGGCGGAUGCAUUCCGUCAGCAGCGCCUUCCUAUAAUCCUCCACCACCUGUACAGCAACCUACCUAUAGCCCCCCACCACCUGUCCAGCAGCCAGUGAUCCAGGGACCGUCGAAUCAAGUUUCGGGUUGCUCCGGCGGAUGCACAGCCACGUCAGCUCCGUAUUAUCCCCCGCCACCGGUUCAGCAACCAGUGGUAGGGCAACCAACACCGACGUAUUAUCCUCCAGCGCCUACCAUCAUAACCACAAGGAAACCGGUUUACACCCCUGCUCCGCCCGCUUACACCACUGCACCACCUCCGCCCGUUUACACCCCUGCUCCACCCACUUUCAAACCUUCACCGCCACCGGUUUUCACGCCAGCUCCAACUAGACCAACAUCACCACCAUUCGCUCCACCUACGCAACCGUCAGUGGCACAAGGUCCAGAUGCAUUACCUUAUCCAGGGUGUGCUGCAGCUCUGAAAUGUGUCCUGGAAGAAUAUUGCAGCAUAGACGGUGUCAUGAUAGACAAACCCAUUUUCUUAUCUGAACAGUUGAAACCAUAUCGUACACCUCUCAUGUCUUGCUUGAAUGUAGAGACCAAUCAGAUUGGCUACUGUUGUCGUGAUCCACUUUACAACGACCCGUGGCCGGCUGGUAUGCCCAUGCCCAUGCCUGGAAUGGCCAAACCUCCCGUCGAGCCUGUUGUCCAUGAACCGACUCGACCGCCUCCACCACCCCCGACUCCUUCCAUUUCUUACGUUCCUCCGCCAGCACCUACCGAACCGCCGUACAUCCAAUGUUUUGCCAGCCAAGAAUGUGUUCCGGCUCACGUCUGCAGCGGUCGAUUUGAACCUUUCAAUGACAGUCCCGACGCGAGAUGUGUAACUUUCGACUCCCAAGUUGGAGUCUGCUGCAAUCGACCACCGCCCCCAACAACAACAACUACUACUACUACUACAACACCACCACCACCUCCUCCUCCGAUCCAACCUGUCGUUGUUCCGCCUCCCGAUUCCUAUUUACCUCCCCCUCCACCCCCACCUACCCAACCUCCUUUGAUCCAGUGCCUUUCGACACAUGAAUGUAUUCCGGCUCAUGUUUGCGGCGGUCGAUUUGAAUCGUUUGAUGACAGCCCGAACGCGAGAUGCCAAAGUGCCGAAUAUGGUCAGAUUGGAGUCUGCUGCAAGUUGCCUCCGCCGCCGCCUCCACCUACAGUUCAACCAGUUGUGAUUGCUCCGCCAGAUCUGAGUUAUUUGCCACCCCCACCUCCGCCGGCAGUAACAAUUCUUCCGCCUCCACCGCCGCCAGUGACAAUCCUUCCUCCGCCAGUACAACCUGUAGUCCAUCAAUCCUACGUCCCUCCACCUCCGCCAGUGCCCGCCGCCCAAGUCUUAGAUAAUCAAUGCGGAAUCUCCAGACCCAUGUCCCAAUUACUUGGCACUGGUGAAGCCGCACCAGGCGAGUUCCCUUGGCAUGCGAUGGUCGCCCAUGUUAAUGGAUCGAUGACCUGCUCCGGCGCUCUCAUCGGCCAGAAAUUCGUGGCUACUUCCUUCCACUGCGUCCAGGGAACUAUCCCUUCUAACCUGAUUGUCCGACUUGGAGAACAUCACGCCGGCGUUACAAACGAACCUCUUCCGCAUUAUGAAAUUCCCGUGUCGGCCGUCGUCGGCCAUCCCGAUUUCGCUGAAGGUUCUCUCUUUCACGACACCGCCGUUCUCAUGUUGGCAACAGCCGCACCUUCGGGACAAGCUCAUAUUGCUCCAAUCUGUCUUCCGACUGAAUCGGAGCCGCAGGUUUCACAAUGCGUCGUCUCCGGAUGGGGCCACGAUACCCUCUCUGGUCUUCAAAGCGGAGUUUUGAACAAGGUCCAGGUGGAUGUGGUGCGCAACAGCGACUGCCAAAACUCUCUACAAAAUUCCCAUCUGGGCAAAUAUUUCAAAUUACACAAAAGUUUCACUUGCGCCUCGACCCAGAACAGCGUCAACCCAUGCAAAGUUGAUGGGGGAUCUCCGUUGGCUUGCCAGCGGCCUGAUGGCAGUCACGUUUUGAUCGGUCUGUCGUCCUGGUCUGUGGGCUGCAGCAAUCAACAGCAGCCGGGCGUGUUCGCCGACGUGAUGGCCGCCGCUCCAUGGAUGCAUCAAGAAAUGGCAAAACCCGAAGCCAGCAUUGUUGAACAAUCCAACUCGGCUUUCCAAAAUCAACAGCAAUUCCCAACACAACAGUCCGUAGGUGGAAGUGGUUACGGUCGUUAAAAAACAAACAAACAAACA